AUGCGGCUCCGGAUCUCACUCCUGGUUGUAGGCGUCGCCCUGAGCGAGCUUGGGCUCGCCGUUCCAGUGCAAGACAGUCCGCGCCAGCGUCUGCUCGACGGUCUCGAUCUGCCCGCAAAGUACCAUAAGCAAAAAACUGCGCCGCCCUACACUCCAGGCCAUAAGGACACCCUUGACAAGGCUAUUGACACCGUCGGCGACAAGCUGGACCCGUUGCCCUAUCGCAAUGGCUUGGGCGCAUCGGUCUUGGGGCCCUGGAACUGGGAGCGCUCCCGCCAAAGCCCCGACAUGGUGCGGCCGCCCAGUACAGAUCACGGUAACAUGAAGAACAUGCGCUGGAGCUUUGCCGAUUCGCAUGUUCGCAUCGAGGAGGGCGGAUGGACACGACAGACGACGGUGCGCGAGCUGGGCUCCAGCGUCGAACUGGCCAGCGUCAACAUGCGUCUCGACCAAGGUGUGAUACGUGAGCUACAUUGGCAUAAAGAGGCUGAAUGGGCUUAUGUCCUUGACGGGGAGGUCCGCGUUACUGCCAUUGACUAUGAGGGCGGCAGUUUCUUCGACGAUUUGAAGAAGGGUGACCUUUGGUACUUCCCUAGCGGCGUGCCCCACUCUCUUCAGGGGCUUGGUGAGAACGGGACUGAGUUCCUACUCGUCUUUGAUGAUGGUGCAUUUUCGGAGGAAUCCACUUUUAUAUUGACUGACUGGCUGGCACACACUCCCAAGUCGGUCAUCUCCAAGAACUUCGACCUGGCCCCGGAGAUCUUCGCCCACAUCCCCGAAGGUGAGAAGUACAUCUUUCAAGGCUCCAAUCCAGGCUCCAUCGACCAGGAGAAGCCCACUGGCAAGGGCGUUAAGAAGUCCAAGUACAACUUCACGCACCGUAUGCUGGAACAGGAGCCUAAACACACGAGCGGCGGCCAGGUCCGCAUCACCGACUCCAAAAACUUCCCCAUCUCCAAGACUGUGGCAGCCGCCCACGCCAUCAUUGAACCGAACGCAAUUCGUGAGAUGCAUUGGCAUCCCCAUGCCGACGAGUGGUCGUUCUUCAUUCGUGGUCGUGCUCGCGUCACCAUUUUUGCGUCUGAGGGCACUGCCCGGACGUUUGACUACAUGCCCGGGGAUGUGGGCAUUGUGCCGAGGAACAUGGGUCACUUUGUUGAAAAUAUCGGCGAUGAGCCGGUGGAGAUGCUUGAGGUGUUCCGUUCUGAUGAAUUCAGGGAUUUCUCGCUGUUCCAGUGGAUGGGAGAGACGCCUAAAAAAAUGGUCAUCGAUCAUUUAUUUGCUGAUGACCCCAAAAAUGGCGAGAUCUUCUGGGAGAAGGUUAAGAGCGCAGAGAAGGACGAGGUUACUAUGCCUAGUGGCAGCGAUAAUUCAGAUGAAGAGCAUGGGGAUGAGUUGUAG